AUGUUCCUUGCGUUACCAACCACGAGACUAAUCCGCCCUUGGCUCUUCUUAAUAGGCGAAACUUCCGCACCAUGUCAACUCGAUUUGUCUUCCCUUCAGUCUGCCCGAUACAACCGCACUCGUCCAGUUGCCAUUGAUUUACCUCCUACCACUAUUCGAAAAACAAAUUCGGCGCCCACCUGCACACCCACACCGCCCGAGCCUUUGUCCGGACGUGGCGACGUUCCUGGUGGUUACUUUCCAUUUCACGAAGACCUCAAGAGUCGCAUUCACCGCCCACACCCCUUUCAGGCUCAACCCGAUUUUGGUCACCCUAGGCACUCCUCUAUCUCUGUUACCAUCGAUUCCCCGCCGAAAGCCGACCAACGCGCAGCUUCUCUUUCCGCGGCCAUGGCGCCGUCCGCCCACUUGUCUCCUUUGAGGGCCAUCGGCUCUUCCGAUCCGUCCACCGUCAACACGCCCGUCGCGUCAUACCUCCCCAGCGGUGUUCAUGAUACCCCUUUGCCAAUGGGUAAAUACUAUCCGUCCAACUACGAGCAACAAAACACACACGGUCCGCGAAUAGGACCAUCUGGGCCCCCGACUCGUGUCUCAUCGACAAGAUCCGAGGGCCAUAUACCUUCGCGGGAGGCUUUCAGGGCAUCCUCCAGACAAGACUCUGAAGCUCGUCGUAAACUCCAACAAUACCAACGAGACAUGAUCGCGCAGGCAAGAUUGGCGGCCAGUGAAGUGCUCGGGAGUUCGCCCAAUCAAGUCAAUGCACCAAGUUCUACAAUUACGUUGAAUGGGGUACCCUUCACGAACUUGCAUCACAUCGGAACCACCGGCGUUCACAAGCCCAUAUCGCCAAGACUCUUGCCAUUGGGAAGUCCAGGUCCCGUUACACCGAUGGACUUGGAGAGUGAGCAGAGCGGGUACAUUGAUCGGGGUUGCAAUGACGAAAUUGCCCGGAUGUUACGGGCCGAAGAACAACGGUUACGCCGAGAAGGCGCAACCUCUCCGGCAGUGGAAACGGGGCCGCAGGCUUUUUGA